AGAAACUGUCACAGCUUGCCUCACUUCACAGACACACACACACACACACACACACACGGACACACACUGCUCUGGAUUAAGGGUUUACCUGCACACACACCGAGCGGCUGCGUGGUCCCUGCCAGUCGACAUGGCGUCCUCGAACAGACAGCUGACGUCCUUCUUCAUUGAAGACAUUCUGUCUAUGAGAGAGGAGAAGGGUGAUGAGACGAGGGAAAGUUCAGCUGGAAGUCCAAGCGACUCACAGUGCUGUAAAGACGGAGGUGAAAACCACGAGACUCUCCUGAUAGACGCGUUAUCCAGCAGACCUGCGUCACCCGACGAUUCGUGUACGGCGGAAAGGACAAACUCACCGACAGAAGCGACGACCGACGCCGACGAGCCGAACCACAUGCAGACCCUGGCCCAGAAGCAGAAGCGCUCGCGCGCCGCCUUCACGCACCUGCAGGUCCUCGAGCUGGAGAAGAAGUUCAGCCGCCAGCGCUACCUGUCCGCACCGGAGCGCGCGCACCUGGCCGCCGCGCUGCACCUCACCGAGACCCAGGUGAAGAUCUGGUUCCAGAACCGGCGCUACAAAACCAAACGGAAGCAGCAGAUGGAUUGUUACCGGAAGUCUGAAGGAAACUAUGCCGUCGCGGCCGCCGUCACGGUGGACGAGAACUUGCUCAGAGCCUCACUGCUCGCCACAGUAUACUCGUGUUAUCCGUACCGGCCGUGCGUCUACGAUCCACACGGACUGGGCACGUGGAGGCCGACGGUGUGGUGACAGGGACACGGGGGGAGGCUUUAAAUUAAAACUGUUCAUGUACCUAAUGUGUUUUUUUUAUUAUUAUUAUUAUAUCUUGUACAGCUUUGUAUUCAUAAAUAAACGUGUUUUUUUAAGUAAUGUA